AGUUCGCGGCCGACACAGCCGACGUCGCGAGUGCAGUGGAGUGGGGUUCAGUAGCCGCAGUGCGAGCGCCGGCUGCGGACGUCUCGUAGCUCCGGGCACCUCCGCGACGCUCUCCGAAGGGGCACGCCUCCACGCUGGAGCUCUGUUUGCGUGUUACUGUGCUCGCCGUCUGUGUGUGAUUCUGGACUCGUAAACCCGCUAGCGGACACGCCCACCGCUGGAAUAACAGCGUCGCCGCCGCCUCCGGCCACGAUCUCUUGUGAUGACAUGCGAGGAACAGCCACGUGAAGGACGCCCCUGGCCAUCCGCAGCCCACGGCAGGCAACCGCCACGGAGAUGCGCGCUUUCAUAGAGUUCACGGCCGGGCUCGCGACAUGGAGGAGGAGUGCGGGCCGUGCGGGGGCCCGCCGCCCCCGCAGUUCUCGUUGCCCCCGCCGCCGCGGCCGCCAUUCCUGGUCGACGGCGACUGCUCGGAGGACGGCCCGCUGCUCGCCUUCGAGGUCUGCGACGCCUUGCCCGUGCUGGACGCCGAGCUGCACAGCAGCCCCGCCAUCCCGUCCACGGCCGUCAUAGUGGGCAGCUGCGUGCUGCUCCUCGCCACCCUGCUCAUCGCCUCCGUGCUGCUCUUCAAGUAUAAGCGGAAGGUGCCGAACGCGGCGCCGAACAAGGCGGCGUCGGCGCCCGUGCACUGCGACACCGCGUCGUCUGCCGGCCUGGGCGGCGUCGGCGGAGCAGACCCCUCCUACGAGGACUCCGGCAGCGUCCGUCCGCGCACAGCGCCACCUGCUGAGUCGCCCAAGCUGCAGAUGACUGACCUGAAAUCCAACGGAGCUGGCUAUCCGAAUGGAUUUCCUGUUCUACGUGAUCCAUCGCUCUACAUAGGGUCGCAUCCUUACAUAUCAGAAGAUCUUUACAACCCAGUCUACGAAGAAAUAUCACAUGGGUCUGGUGAGCGCGGCGAGACGGACAGCGAGCUGCCCGCGUCGGAAGACGAGUUCGCGGAGGAUGAGCUCAGCCUGGCCGAAGCGCCUCGCCCGCAGCGGUCGCCGCCCCCGCUGCUGCUGCACUCGCUGGCGGCCUCCGCCGGUUCGCUGGACGGCCGAGGCGGCCGCACGCGCCCUCCGCCUCCGGGCCUGGGGGCGGCCGUCUCCAGCGCCGCCUCCGAGUCGCCGUUCUACGAGCCGACGUCGCCGGACCUGCGGUACAGCAGGUGCACCGUGGCGCACCUGCCCAGCCCGCCGCCCCCGGCACCCACCUCCGCAGGCCCCGGCGGCAGCGUGAGGCGGUCCCGCGGGCACCGCAGCAACGACAGCGAGUUCCACGAGGGGAUGCUGUUGGACGCUCUGCUGCACCAGCUCUACUACCAGCAGCAGCAGCAGCAGCAGCACUCGAUGCCCUUCGCCAGCCCCCACGUCCCCGAGCUGUACGGCCCGCACCGGGCGUCGCCGCAGCUGCCCCACAGGACGCUGCCGCACUUCUACCACCACCCGGGCGCCGAGGUGUUCACCACUCUGCGGCACCACCACGCCGGUCCCCCCGCUUCGCCGGUGCCGCACCGACACCACCACCAGCAACAGGCGCAGAGGCGAAGGCCGCCCGUCGACCGCUCCGGAUCGCCACUCGGUCUGUCGUAGUACCGCCUGCUGCUGCUGCCCUAGCGCAGUGGCGGCAGGAGAGGCGUGUGCUCUACAGGGAUCCGCUCAUUUUGAUACUGCCCAGUGAGUUGUUACUGUACACUACCGUCUAGUUGUCUGCACGUGGAUGAAAAAACAAUAGGCGUUCCACUAUUUUGACAGUAAAGCGCUUCCCAGACUUUCACCUUCAUCAGAAACCCGCAAAGAGAAGCACACGAGCUAACAAUAGGCCGUUGGUUGUGUACGUUCAGUAACAGAUGCUGGUCAUUGCGGUUGCACAGGGUGUCCCAAAAUUAUCUUUACCCGUUUACUUGAUAAUAACGACUACUUUUCAGCAUGUUACAAGUUUCCUUUCCUUACUCAUAAACGUCAAUGUGUUGUCCACCUCCACUACACAUUCGGCUGCCAUCCUUGUACACUCCAGGAAAUUUGUGGUGACAGGUCAAGAUACAUUGCAAAUGCAUGUCCUGUAGGUAUGUAUUCGUAGUUCAGUGAACCUGAUCAUUUACAAAACUUCAUAGGGAGACUAGGGGUCGAAAGGCGUGUCUGUGCGUAAAGAAGUGUAGACUGCCCUCUUGGGUAUUGGCGAAUAAGCUGCGAGACUUUGAAGAUAUGCACUAUGUAAAUACUUUGUAAUAGAUCUGACUAGAGAAAUAGCCGGCCGGUGUGGCAGAGCGGUUCUAGGCUCUAUAGUCUGGAACCGCGCGACCACUACGGUCGCAGGUUCGACUCCUGCCUCAGGCAUGGGUGUGUGUGAUGUCCUUAAGUUAGUUAGGUUUAAGCAGUUCUAAGUUCUAGGGGACUGAUGACCUCAGAAGUUAAGUCCCAUAGUGCUCAGAGCCAUUUGAACCACUAGAGAAAUAAAUAGGGAAUAGUCACCCAUCACAUAUUUUCAUAAAUUCAGUAACAAAAAGAGAUAAGGGCCUGCAUAUGCAAUAUGUGUGAGGACACAUAGAUGAAUAGGUUUGCAAAUACAGUAAUUUCCUUUGAAGGUGUGUUAGCUACCUGAUUGCAGCAUCAGCUGUGCAACAGGGCUAUCUUCCCUUUCCCUUUACAUCUAUUUUCACAUAGAUACUCCGCAAGCCACCAUAUGAUGCUUGGCGGGGGGUAUCCUGUACCACUACUAAUCAUUUCCUUUGUGAAUAUAAGUUACGAAAGCACAACAAAGUUGGUUGUCAGAGUUAUUAACAGCUAAGUUAAUUCACUUCAUACAUAACAUCAUGUUAGCAGGUAACAAGAUGAUGUCUCAUAGCAGCAGCGAGCAGCCGAGCACCCUAUGACCUGCCUUCUGCCAGCACCUAAAACAUCAUUAGUAUGCAAGGAAAUCCUACUUACCUGUUACAUACAAGAAGUGGAAUGUGUAUCUGUAUGUGUGUAUGUCCAGAGUCUCUUCUCAAAUUCCUAUAUUGAUUUCAACCAAAUUUGGCACAGAAAAAGCAGGUCUCUUGAGCAUUAGUACUGUAGGAUCUAUAGUGUCCUAGUUCAAAAGGAGACGGGAUACAGGCAAUAACCCUUUCUUCCAGCCUCUGGCAUGUAGGUUACCCUGUGUGACACACAUUAUUGGUAAACAAUAUCAAUCUGUCAAAACAAACUGCUUUGCAAGGCAGCCUAUAUGUCAGCAGUAAGAAACAAUUUUCUUAACUCCAACUUGUACGCUGCCCUGCAUGACAGAUAUGUUGUGUUGGAGUAGUAUUUUCCUGCUUUAUCGAACUGCUUUUGCAUGGUGGUCUGUAAGUCAGUGGCAAAUAAAUGAUUUUGAAGCCCCUAAUGUGUGGCCAACCUGCAUGGUAGACACGUGGGAGUAGUAUUGGCCUCCUUUAUUCAUCUGUAUAGGGUGGAGAGCAUAGAGGUAGUGGGCAGGUGGAGAAGGAACAGAGGAGACAGAGAUCGACAGAGAAAGGGGGGGGAGAAUAUGGUCAGAAGGAGUGGGAGGAAGAUAUGCUCAGACAGACAGGUGGAGAGAAUGGGCAAGAACAAGAAGAGGAGGAGAUGAAGAGAGAGAGAGAGAGAGAGAGAGAUAGAGAGAGAGAGAGAGAGAGAGAGGGAGAGAGUUUGGAGAGGAAGUGACAGACAGAUAAAGGUGGGAUGAGGAGAAGAUAGACACCAAGAGGAAGAGUGGGAUGCAGAUAGGGGGAUGUGGAAGUUGUAAACUCUUAGCGCUGAGGUUUCUCUUUGGGCUUCGAUGUCUGAAAUAGCUGCACCUUAAAGGUAAAAAGACAUAAACUCUCAUGCAAGGCUUUAUCCACUGUUGAUCUGGACACCUGCAACUAUCUGGUCACUGUACACACUGGUUUGUCAGAGUCCCUGCAAACUCCUGUCAACCCUCGUCCAUGUAGACGACUUAGAUGGCCUACCCACUGUCUGUGAGGAACACUACCUGUUUUCAUAAAUGACGUAUGUCAAGUCCAAAUAGUUGGUACGAACGGCAGUUCUCUACCACAUUACGUCCGAAUACUUCUCUGCAGAUCGCUUACGAUCUUCGUCUCUAUGAACCAUUUUUCGUCAGAUUGGCAGAGGCAGAACCUGGAAAAUGAAAAAUUUUUGUUUUCUGUGUUACAUGUAGAAAACCAGUUGUUAUUACCUGGCAUAAUUUUGGUGUAAAGAUUAACUAUACACACUCUGUAGUAGACCUGAAUGCGUCACAGAAACAGUCGAGUCACUACGGACAAAUUUACAGUGUUUCUGAUCCGUCCAGGACGACACCGAUAUUGAAAUGUUUCACUCCUCUUUGUGGCCUUAAGAACGAGUUUUUGUAAUCAUGAAAUGUUGUAUUUCCUACAUUGUUCAGGAUUUUCUGAAUCACACAGUUGACAGAUAUCGUUUGUGCAUAUAAAAAUAUCUGGUAUAUAAGAAUUUGAGUAGUCGUAUAUCUUGCAUAAGUAUCAAACCUGCAGUUUGCUAUUAAAACAAAUUGAAAGUGAUGUUUAACAAGUGCUGUUAAUAUGUCACUGGUAAACAUACUCAUGAUAUUUUUUACGUUUAACUUAAAUGCAUAAGCUUUUAUCACUUAUUGAAUCAUGAGCAAUGAACGAAAUUGGAAAACUAAUGUAACCUCCCAUGUUAAAUUAGUAUUCCCGUUUUACGACUUGGUAUUUUCCUUUCCCAUUCCAUUAUAUAAUUAACAUAUUGGAUUAAAUUUUUGUAUCCAACUGUACCAAUCAUGGAGGAACGGUAAUAUUUUAAAAAGUUCAAUCAUGAUAACAUCAGCUGGCAAUUACGGAUUGUUUUCAUGUUAUGAUGAACCAGUGAUCUCUUCCACACACAUUCAUAUCUAUUACUGCUUUGAGAUGCUAUACAUGUCACCUUUCUGAUUCACUGUUUAAGUUCCUAAUUGCUGAUACAAAUUUGUUGGUUCGGGUAUGACGGACUUUUUUAAACAUAAGUAAGUGUGAAAAAAUUCAAGCAAUGAUCUAGAGUUUAUUUUUCCUUUUUUAAACACAUUGUUAGUAGAAUUCAGAAGCAUUUAGUGCAAGGAGCAUAAAUGAGGUAUCUCUGCUUUCAUAUCCAAGAUAUUUGGAGGAAGACCAGUGUACCUUAAAGUCAUAACCUUUAAUAAAAAUAUCUACUUGCGAUUUUCCAGAAUACUGAAUUCUUGUAACACUGCAGUGGCUCGUCCUGUUUCAUCAUGGAUGUGAAAUGAGUAAUAAGCAUGAGAUUUUGAAGGUUAGUGAAUUUUGGAAGCACAUGAAGUAUUAAAGAUAACUGAAAAAUUGUCCAUCUUUGUAAGACUAGAUUUUUUACUUGUUAUAGUCACACAGCAAAAUAUACAUUAAGAGAUUGUAGUCAGUUAAUAACUAUGUAGUCCAGCCUAUGGAAAAUGUUUACAAUUUAGACUCCUUGAAUUACAAAAUUAUGAAAUAAAUGGCACAUUCUUAGAGCCACAUAUUCUCACAGGGAAGAUGUAAUAUUUCCAAACCGAGUCUUUAACCACUGUUUUCACAGCCUUAUAAAAUUAUUGUUUAUGGAGUAAUAAUUUUGUUUCCCAUUAAGACAUUUGAAUAUAUAGCUGCAUAUGAUGUAAUACGCUUAGAUACAUAAAACAGGACACUUUGAUAAUGAAUUUUAUGCCUGAGUUGUAAAAAUGUAAUUAUGAUGCACUGAUUUUUAUUAUAUGUUUAUAUCUAUGAAAUGAGUGAAGUGUAUUUCACACAAAGAACUAUUGUUCUCGAAUUUUACAAAAUCCUCGCAAUACUGUUGCAACUUUGAGAGUGUAUAGUGUUGAAUCUAGUCACUAAAUAUUUCUUUCUACUGUUAGAGGGACGAAGAGGGAGACCUAAGCUGUACAUUUGUAAAACGAACCUACAUAUUAAUUGUAAUUAUAGUAUUAGGGAAGAUGAUUGUGGUAACACAAUGUUGUUUUCUAAGUAUUCCAAAUGUUAACCCUGAACAAAUUUUUAAGAGAAAGAAUAAAAAGUAAUUUGCUUGGACAUUAGAAGAAGAAACUUUUUCUAAGUUCUUAAAGGUUUACCAAAAGACGUCAUGACCACAAGCAGCACCGAGAAAAGCUUAGAACUGUCAACAUUUAACAGUGGUAGACAGAUGUGUAAAUACAUGCAUCUGAUACAGUGCAGAGUGACUUAUUUUUGUUUUACUGGACUGAAUUGCGUGUUGUAAUAUAUUACAAUAUUUUGUCUGACUGAUUUUGUAUAUUCAAUAAAACUUGAAAUACACUAUGUACAGAAACAAGAA